CUCCAAUUCCAGCGGGCUGGGGUCAUCCCACUUCGCUUCCGCUCGUGACGCGCCCCAAACGGAUAUAGCUCGCGCAUACUCUCUCCGGCACUCGCUCCCCAAUUCUCACCAGGAGUGACGGUGACCCCGGCGCGCCGCUGCGGGCGACGCGCCUCGCCUCACCUCUUCAAUUGCGGCGACGCUGGUCGAGCGACGGAGCGCUUCGCUAGGUCUUCAUUGAGCCCUUCGCCGGCGAGAACUCGCACCAGUGUACACGCCCUGUCCUAUACUGGAACAGCCACUGCUGAUUAGCAUCACCAGGCAUUUCAGAGGUUUGUAACUUUCAGUUAAGCUCAUCAAGGUUUCCUUGGUUAGAGCCAUGGCUGCUCCUGCUGGAUUCCAGGUCGCCAUGAAUAGUAGCUACUUUUUGGGGGGACACGGACUAUCCAGGUUGAAAUGUAGAGUACGGUGCUCUCAGCUACAGAUCUCUACUAAUUCAGUUCAUAAUAAGAUAGAGAAGGACAAAUAUUCUUACUCUGAUCAGUCAACAUCAUAUCUACAUGUACAAUCUCUUAGGGACUUUCCGACUGAAAAACUUUCUGGAGAGGUAGUUUUGGUGCGUCUUGAUUCUUCACUUAUCUGUGGGAAGUUGGGACCAUGCAGUUCCUCACUUGAAAGAGCUUUGCUAACUAUCAAAUACUUGUGCAAAGCAAGAGCGAAAGUGGUCAUAGCCACCAGUUGGGAUACAGUCCAGUCUGAUAAUCGAGUGAUUGAAUCAGUUGGUUCUUUUGCAGAGUAUUUGUCAUCACUUCUUCAUGUACAAGUCAUCCCAGUAGAUGGUGAGCCUGGUUUAACAUCAUUUAAGCAAGAAGAGUGGGCUCAGAACAGUAUUAUUUUGUUUGAAAAUCUUGUGAACUUCAGAGGAGAAGUUGCUAAUUGCAAAGAUUUUUCUCAGAAGCUAGCUUCAGGUGCCACGAUAUUUGUCAAUGAUUCUUUCUCACUGUCUCAUAAGAUUCUUGCAUCAACUGUCGGUAUCACGUGCUUCUGCUAUGCGUCUCUUGGUGGUUUCCAUUUUGAGGAGGAGCUUAUGCAAUUGAUAAAGAUCACGGACACCACGAGGCGCCCAUAUAUUGCCAUUAUUGGAGGCAGUAACUUCUUGAGAAAAGCACCUGCUCUUCAGAUGUUAACCUCUCUAUGUGAUGGGUUGUUCUUUGUUGGAAAAUUAUCAUUUCAAAUAAUGAACGGCCUUGGAAUGACAGUGCCCUCUCGAUUCAUAGAAAGAAGUGCAGUUAAGGAAGUACUACAGAUUAUUCAAGUUGCUAGGGAUAGGAAUAUUCCUAUUUAUUAUCCAACAGAUCUCUGGUGCUUGAAAAAUGAUGGCAGUGAAACAUUGGGAGUAAUCAGCUCUACUGGACAAUUGGCUGGCUGGACACCAGUUGAUAUAGGACCAUCAACAUUGGAGAAAAUUUCUUCUAUAAUUCCAUCAUAUGAGAAGAUACUAUGGAUUGGCCCUACAAAUUACAAUUUAACAGAAACAUUUUCAGUUGGUGGAACACAGUUGGGUGAAAUAAUGGAAAAGGCAAGCUCCGAUAGCUGUGAUGUUGUUUUAGUGGGGAGUGCAGCAUGCAAGGCAAUAGAAAGAAAAACAGAUUCCUCAUCUCAAUAUGCAGAAUUUCAAAAUGCCACUGUUGUUUGGGAAUUCCUCAAAGGAAGAAUAUUGCCUGGUAUAGCAGCAUUGGACAAAUGCUACCCCUACCGGAUUCCAUGGAGCACUGUCUUCUUUGAACCUACACUACCGUUAGUGGUUGAUAUUGGAAGUGGAAAUGGUUUGUUUCUUUUUCAAAUGGCUAAAAGCUGUGAAAGUUCAAAUUUCCUUGGGCUUGAGAUGAACGAAAAGCUUGUUAUAAGGUGCCUCCAAGGUAUGACUUCAGAUGAGAAAAGGAACUUAUAUUUUGUGUCAACAAAUGCAACGUCCACAUUCCGUUCCAUAGUUUCAAGUUAUCCUGGACGGUUGACUCUUGUCACAAUACAGUGCCCAAAUCCUGACUUCAACAAAGAGCAAAAUAGGUGGAGAAUGGUGCGAAGAAUGCUCGUUGAAGCUGUCGUCGACCUCCUUCAUACCAAUGGACAGGUUUAUCUGCAGUCAGACGUGGAGUCCGUUCUGCUCGUGAUGAAAGAGCAGUUCCUCUCCUACAGCAAGGGUCAGCUUGUCAUAGACGGGGUUAGUGGCCACCAGAUCGAUAACCCGUUCGGCGUGGUAUCCGAUUGGGAGCGCCACGUCCUCGCUCGCGGAGCUCCCAUGUACAGGACGAUGCUAAAGAAAGUGUGAUUGCAUUGCCCGUCUGAGAAAUUUGAACAUUGCAUUGUUUUGUCACCAUGGCUGCUUCGGACAUGGCCAACGUUCACGGAUCCACUCGGUUAGAUAAAAGUAUCUUUUUUUUGUUGUUGAUAAAACAUCAUAUAUGUGGCAAAAAUUGUGUGGUUAAAUCUUAAGUCGGAUUCAAUCCAACGGGAGAAACGCAUCUCUUCCCAA